CCAUUUCUAUCCAAUGCCACAUCACUGAAAGACGUGAAACCCACACACACCAACUAACUACACAAUUAGCACAACUUGUUAAAGACCUCACACCCUCUCAACACACCAAUACACUUCUCUCUCUCUACCCAACAUCACAACCUCAUUCUCUCCGAGUUAACAACAACUUAGGUUCCAACAAACACAACGCUACUGAACUAAAGCACUCUACUUUCUUCAACAACACUCUUCUCUUGCUUGUUAGAGAUGAAAGGGAAAGCAUUGGGUGUCUUUAAAUCCAAGCUUCUCAACCCAUGCAAAAGGCUACUAUUUUUCUUCAGACUUAAACCCAAGAAGCUUGUGUUUAUAAGAGCUCUCAAGUUCCGUGCUCAUAAGUCCUCAUUCCCUAAGGCCUCCCCUAAAAGACCAACUAUGUCUUCUUUGUUACAGUCAGUGUUUCGUUCUCCAAAGAAAUCUAAGCACACAGACACAGUGCAAGGACUCAGGAGUCCCUCCAAUGUUCAUGAAACUCCACUCUUUCCUUCGCCGCUUACACCGGUUUGUGCGGUGGAGAAAAGUGAAGAAGGUUCGAGGCAAGAGGUGGAAGAUGCGUGCAAGAGUUUUGAGAAUUAUUUGGUGGAGAUGAUUGUGGAAGAAGGGAAGACUAGGGACUUGAUGGAUGUGGAGGAACUUUUGUAUUGUUGGAAGAACCUUAAAUGUCCUGUCUACAUUGAUUUGGUUAGUAGAUUUUAUGGAGAGCUUUGUAAGGACUUGUUUUCUCCUGACACUGGGGACAGUAACAGUUCCCAGUGAAGGCACAAGGAGAGAGUGUGAGAGUAAAUAGAUAUUGAUUUAUUAAUUUUCAAUUCAGUGUUCCCACAAAAUUGGAUGUGUGCAAUCUAUAAGUGUAGUAGUUUAUAUGAAACCUUUUAUGGAAUGAUCCAUCUUGA